AUGUUACUCCUACAACACAGGCCAUCUUACUGGGAUUUUAUAGAAACGACAUCAAAGCAUAUACGGCCAGCUCCAAAUGUUUUUGAUUCGAUAGGAUCGGUCAGGCAACGUAUUGCUAUAUUUGAAACACUAUCAACGGAUAACCAACUUAUGUCAACUCGUAAAUCAGAUACUCCACCAGAGUUAACUGAAGUUUCAAAAUAUAAGAAGUACAGUCCUCUUCGGGAAAGACCCAGUGAAGCUCAUAAACCGAAAACACUCCCUGGCAAAUCAGAAAGUGAUCAAUCCGAUGGGUGUAAUGAAACUCAAAAAGGCACGUAUGAGGUACAAAAAUACAAUUAUGAGUCGGAUCGGAUAGCUGCACAGGAAUCAGGUCGGCAUUCCGGGAUUUAUGAACUACAAAAACACAUGCCCAGUGAAUGUAGCGGUACGCCAGAAACAGUAGGGAAUUGGAAAAAAACAGAAAACAAACAUAUCCUGAAAGCGGUUAUUCCGUUAGAAAUUGAUUUGCAACAAACAGUAACGCAAGAAAUAUUUACACAGAAAGGGGAUCAGGAAGCAUAUUUCGAAAUUCGUACAGUUGAAGGAUGGGAAAUCAUUGACGAAGAUGAAAUACAUGCGGUUAAUAAAGAAUAUCUUGCAAAGCAACUUGAAGUCACGGGAAAAGAAACCAAAUCAAAAGGAAGUGUUUGUGCAACACAAAAAAUCCCUGCAAGAAGGAUAACAAUAGAUCCCGAAAGUACUAUUUGCAAAAUACUGGUUCCAGCUUAG